GAAUCGAAAAGUAACUAGAUUUGAUCUUAUAAAUAAAAAAUCAACGGAAAACGUGACAGCAACAGAAAGAACAAACUAGAAACUACAAAGAAAUUUUUGUGCAAAGUAUUUUAAUUUUGGUGUCGAGUUUAUAAAAAUAUAUUAAUCAAUAUGAAUCGAGAAGAGUUGCAGAAAAAUAUAUGUUACUCCGAAAAAUAUUAUGAUGAUAAAUAUGAAUAUAGACAUGUAGUACUUCCUAGAGAAAUGGUUAAGUUAGUACCUAAAACUCAUUUAAUGUCUGAAGAUGAAUGGCGAGGAAUCGGCGUACAACAAAGUAAAGGAUGGGUACAUUAUAUGAUACAUUUACCAGAACCGCAUAUAUUACUUUUCAAACGACCUAUCACCACACCACCUCCGUCGAAGAGUUAAAUCGAUAACUGUACAAAAACAUUUUUUUUUUAAGUUUUAGAUAGUUUACUUAAAGUAAAAAUACCAACAUCUCACUUAUUCUAUUCACCACUUAAUUCUGGCGUUUCAUUUUUUUUUCUAUUUAAAUUUAUUGUAUGUAUCUUGACACAAUCCCAUUGUGGUAAAAAAACUCUCAUAAUUGUGCAGUUGAUGAAAACUAAAAAAAUCUGUCGGGAGUAAAUUUAUUUUGAAUCUUGGGCAGUAAAAUUACGAAUUUUUGGGGGGUAAAAUACCUUCUUAUAUAGAGUAUAAUAAAUUUUUUAUACAUAAAGUUAAUUGUGAUUGAAAUAUGUAGAUUUUAUUGAAGGGUUUUCUUUUAUCUUUUUGUAUUUCGAUAAUUUUCACUUAUAUUAAGGGUAAAUACAGUUCUUAGGAAUCCCAGCUCUGAUGCUUAAAGAUCUAUGCAACGAUAUAUUUUUGGAUCUUCAAAAUUUUAUUAUGAAAUUUAUUGGGUAUGGAAUAAUUGAAAUUUUUAUGGAGGAUAAAUACAAAUGUCCUUUUUUAAGUAUCUUAUCUUUUUUAGGCCCAGCAAUUACAAUCACUACCAUUUAAUAUUCUAUUAGCACCAUCUAUUAUGUCUGAAAAAAUUUAUUAACUAAAAUAUUUUACGGAAAAUUCAUAAAAAAAUUUUAGCGGGUAGUUUUUCCGUUUGCUUCGAGUCUUUUGACCAGUUCACUGUGCUUCAGUAUGUGUAGUUGAUUUAUGGUUUUCGUCAGAUGGAUUUUUCUAAUUUUUGUACUAUUUAAAGUCAAUUAUCCAUAUUAUAAGAUUAGGGAUGUUUAAAAAUGGUAAAGUUGUCAAUGUAGCCCUUGGAAGUCUUAUAAUAUCUCUUGAAAAUCUUCAGAUUAUGUCUCAUAAUUGUGUUAAGUUAUCCUAAAUAAUAAAACUAGGCUUCCUCUGGUUAAUCAGUCAAGUGACUCGUAAAGUUUGUUGUAAAUCUCUUUAUUGUGACUCAAAAUUGUAGUCAGAUGCUUAAAUAAUGAAUUUAGGACUUACUUCCUUCGAUUACUAGUUUAUCUAGGGUAAAGUAUGUUGUAAAUCUGCUUAUUAUGUUUUAUAAUUGUGCUCAGACACCUAAAUAAUGAAUCAACGUCUUCCUACCUUUGAUUACUGGUUAAAUUGUCAAUUGACAUUUAAAAAUUGUUGUAAAUAUUGUCAUUAUGUCUCAUAAUUGUUCUUGGAUACAUAAAUGGUCCAUUAAACCUUCGGUCUCUGUGAUUACUGGUUAGUCUGUCAAGUGACUAGUUAGGAUACUGCAAAUAUUUUCAUUAUGUCUCAUAAUUGUGUUAGGAUACAUAAACGCAUGCAUCAAAGCUUCAUUUUCAACAAUUACUGGUUAAGGGUCAAGUGUUACUAUCAAGUGACUAGUAAGGCUGCUGUGUAAAUCUGCUAAUUAUGUCUCAUAAUUAUGCUCAGAUACCUAAAUAAUAAAUCAACGCCUUCCUACCUUUGAUUACUAGUUAAUCUGUCAAGUGAUAGUUGAAAUUUGUUGUAAAUAUUCUCAUUAUGUGUAAUAAUUGUGCUCGGAUACAUAAAUUAUGCAUCAAAGUUUCCUUUUCUUCAAUUACUGGUUAAUCUAUCAAAUGACAAGAAAAGUUACAGUGAAUCUGCUGAUUAUGUCUCUUAAUCUGUCAAGUAACAGUUGAAAAUUGAUGUAAAUAUUUUCAUUAUGUCUCAUAAUCGUGCUAGGAUACAUAAAUUGCCCUUAAACCUUCCGUCUUUCUGAUUACUGGUUAAUCUGCCAAAUGACAAGUAAGGCUGCUGUAAAUCUCGCGAACUGCGCUUCGUACGACAACAAUAGUGGAGAUCAUUUUUAUAGAUAAUAAUUUUUGCCAUCUUUUUUAUUUGAAACUUUUUUUUGUAUAAUGCACAGAUUUUUAAUUAUACGCCCCACUCGGAUUUUCAUUCAGGGGAGAACCCCGAACAUAUUUUUAAAAAAAUCCGUUCUCUAGAACUUAAAAAAAAGAAAAAAGUUCCUGCGCUUGGCCUAUCACAACGUAAGCAGUUGAUACCCACACAAUGUUGAUAUUUUAAUGUUUUGUUUAGGAUUAAAAUAAAUUUUUUUGCGGCCAAUUUUUACAGCAUCACAUGGAAAUCAUUAAUCAUGCGUCUGUCAUCAAAACUAUUUUAAAAUAACAAUGAUCUAAAUAUAAAUAGAUAAAUCCAUCUGGAAAGAAUGUAUACAAUCGAUCUAUAUUUGUUUAUAAUAUAAUAAAUAGAUAUAAUAAUACUCGGCAUAAAUAUUUUUUUUUAUUUAUACAUAAAUCAGCAAUCGGAAUCAAAAAGUUAUUCUGUAAGAUAAUUGGCUGGUAUAUAAAUAUCUCCAAGUACUUUUCGGAAACUCCAAAAGAGGAUUUCCUCCUAUAACAACCUCUACGUAUCCAAUUUACUCAAGAGUUCGAACGGAUUUCGUACUGCUACAUCUUUUGCCCUUUGUUUCACCGAUAUUUGCGAAAAUUUUCACCUAAAACUGAUUGGAUUUGAACUAGGCACUGACUAAUUGCGAGCUACCGAGUUGCGCGUUAGUCCCUUUGAAUUAUAAUAUGUAUAAUAGAUCGAACGCAAACGCGCGAUAUUCGGUCGCUCGUAUACCUGCUCGACGUUGGCUAACUAUUUCUUUUGCAACUCCGAAAUUAUUUCGAAUUCGCUUCUGAAAUUUUAGUGACACGUUCUUGGAUAGUUUCUGACAUUUUUGCAAAAAUACGAUUUUUGGAAGCCCCUAAAGCAGGUUCCACCUUGAAGGUAGCAGAAUGUAUAACUUUAUGUGUUACUUCGUUUAUGAAAAUAUUAAUUAGCGUAGAAAAUUGGUUAUUUCAAAAGGUGAAGCUUCUACACGUGUUGUACACUAAAUUAUUUCCACUUCCCUUAUUCAAUAAAUACUAAAUGUGGUGUAAUAGGAUAUGAAAGUAACAUUUUUUUUUUGGAGGGAAUUUAAAUAUUUCAAAUUGUCAUCGUUACUGAUUUUAUAUCUAUAGAUGAAGGUAUUUUUACUAUAAAUGUUUAAUUUAUCAAAAUAAAAGGCUGUAAUGGAAAUAGAUCAGUAGCUUUUAAUCGUCCUUAGAUUUACAUGUAUUAUAUCAACUUUUCUACUUUUUUUAACAAUAAACAUUGAUCUUUUUUGCUUUUAAUGUUGGAUGCCAUUAAGUUUUGUGAUAUUUGCCACGCGGAAUUUUCUUACAGAUAAAAAAUUGAUUGAAUAGUCGUAAAGGGCUGUUUUCUAUUAUUAUUUUUCUGAUAUAUUAGUAUAUUGUUCUCAAAUAUGGUUUUUAAUGAUUAUAUUAUUCAUAUAAAUCCAUUACUGAUAAAUAAAAUUCAAAUCAGCGAUCAUAUGAAAUUUUUAAAACAUAUUCAGGUUCUUGAUGAAUAGUUGGAGUGCGUGUAAUAUUGUUUUCAUAAUUUUUCUGGUUUGGUAGCUAAAUAGAGAACAGCUUAUUACGAAACAAAAUGCUUAAUCUGGAACCUAAUGUAUUUUUAAAUAGUGCUAUGUAGAUAAAAAUCGUUCUUAUUUGGAAAUAAAGUUUUAAAAAAACAAAAAAA